AGUGUUGUGGCUCCUUAAUUUUUUGGAAAAAGUGCGAAAGGAUUCCUCCUAGCCGUCAUGCGUGGUUUUUCCUACCGUUUACCCGCUGCUUUCUUAGAAAAUGACGUUGUUAUGGCUUGGCUACUUGAAGAGGAUGUAGAAAAGGGUCUUUCAGCCGAAGUUGUUCGUCAACGAAUGACUCCCGUGCAGGCAACUUUCGCAUACAAAUCGAUUGAGUCUUGGCACCAAAGAAAAGAUAUUGUUUUGAUCAUUCCCAGCCAAACUGUCGGAAACUUUGCUUUAUGUUAUUGUUAUGGUCCACUCAAUCAGUCACUUAUUGAUAAAGGAAAAGUGGAAAUUGCUUGGUGUCGCCUGGUUUUUGACUUGCAAAAGUUUUAUCUCCUACAGUUUAUCAGAUCUGAAGGAAAGAUAAGGAGCUGGCUACUGCUUGAGCAUAUUUCUACUACCAAAACAAUUCAAACGACUACUACUUAUUUUGAAGCAGAAAAAAGUCGCAAUCAUUGUCUUAAGACAGUAACCAUUUCUGUAGAACAUAGUUGUGCUCUUUGUCAAUUAGCGUCAGACAAGUGUCUUUGUCAUUCGAAGCAGUCUGAGAAACGACACGAUACUUCCCUUCUGCAGUCUUCAGUUACUGCGGAACCCUUGAAAGGUCAUUUUACCAAGUUGGGCAAGAUUUCCUUCUCAGUACCUCCUUUUUCUGGUUCUUUGUUUGAACUCUUGUCUACGUCUCCAAGUCGUGGAUAUAUUGAAGUUGCGCAGUACAGUAUGAAGAAAGGAAAUCUUCUUCAUUAUUCUAAAGCUGAAUGUUUUACAAAUGUACUUCCAUUGAAACAUAAAUUGGCAGAAUCUUGCUAUUUCCAAGCUAUAGAGUCUCUGUUGUCAAAGACGAGAGCAUAUUAUCCGAGUAUUCCAUUGAGUUUUGAGAAAUACGACCAUCAAAGGUUUCUAAACAAGACAUUGAAGACUUUAGAUCAUGUGUCUGAACAUCCUGGGUUUUCUUCUAAUGUUUUGAACAGUCUCACUUCUCAGUGGCCUGAUAGUCAAGAAGGUCAGAAUGAUGAGUGUUCAGCAAAUGAAUGGUUUCUUUCACCUUUUUCUUCUAAAUACUCCUUGGAUACUUUAGAAAGUUCAGAGACAAACUUUUCUGAUAGAUGGGACUUAUAAAUUGAGUCUGUAUAGUCUAUGAUAAGCAACGAUGUAACGUAAAGUGAAUUUUCAAUUUGUUGAGAGUAAAAGAAUAUUUCUUUAU